GACCCCGUGAAGCCUCCAGUGUUUCUCAUAGUAUUUUUGGUCAAAUAUUAGCCGGUUACAAAACCAGCAGUUGGACGGGGGGGGUGUUAUAUAACAAGUGUCACACGAGAGAGGAGUUCGUAGUAAAAAACUGAACGAAGACAACAUGGACAGGACGGUCAGCCUUCCCAAUCAGCCCGACAAAACCACCACGGUGACUCUGGUUGAGAGCAGCAGCGCCCCCAGCGGGGUGGAUCUGGUCAGUUCCUACCAGACCAACAGAGUGGGGGACCCCAUGGACUUAGUGGCCCUGGCAUCACAAGUACAGAGGGGAGAUGAUUUUACAAGAGCCAACGCUUGCAACAAACUGACAGUCAUUGCUGACCAGAUCAGAUACUUGCAGGAACAGGCGAGGAAGGUUUUAGAAGAUGCCAAAAGAGAUGCCGACCUCCACCAUUCUGCCUGUAACAUUGUGAAAAAAGCAGGCAACAUGUAUUACCUCUACCAGCGGCCUUCCGGACAGAAGUACUUCUCCAUCAUCUCCCCUAAGGAAUGGGGCCCAAGUUGUCCGCACACAUUCGUCGGCGCAUUCAAACUUCAACACGACAUGUCCUGGACCCCCGUGGACCAGGUGGCGAAGAGGGACGCGGAGAUCGCCAUCAUGGACAAGGUCCUCAGCCAGCAGACCGCCCUGCCGCUUUACACGGAACCCAACUUCAAGGGCCUCUCGGAGUAAAGGAUUUUAAGAGGACACAUGGAGACCAAGAUCCAUUCGGGGACUGGAACCGCUGAUGUCAGAGCAUCUGUUCCAGUGUUUUGGUAACUUUCAGACACGGACUAAAGGAGAGACGCUACAGGUCAACAUUUUAACUGAUGCUAUCAUGAACCUUCCCCAGUUGAUUGCUGACAUUAAGACAAUAAUUUGUCGUAUUACAAGCUGUCUGAAAUGUUAUCUUUAAAUAUGAAAUUGGGGCAUUAUCUAAUUUUAAAAUGUGCUAAUUUGCAUUAUUUUGCAGAGCAGAAAUGUGAUUGUUGGAUAAAGCCUGUUUCAAAACUCCUGUUUUCAUUUUGUUGACAUAAGAGUGAAAGUUUUUUUUUACAAGGGUGAUUUUGGAUAUCGCUUCUGUAUCGCUCCGUAAAUCCAGAAAUACUGUCCACAGCAGAUUAGAGACAGCUUCAGACUAGAGAGGGAUGAAUCUGUAAUGCUUACAAGUUUUGUGAGAUGUUAUGAAAAUACAGAAUUAUCUAAUAGUAACGUGCACUUAAUUUAGGAGUCAUCUUCAGAUGCAAAUAAACAAAGUAGUAUAAUAUAAACCACCUGAAUGUUUUUUCUUUCCACUAGUCUGAAAGAAAAAUAGCCCAAAAAGAACAAAGGUUUUGCCUGUACUGUCACACAGAGCGCAGUGAAUUACUACAAGUCUUAAUUUGUAUACACAUCGAUUGGUGAUGUUAGUGUCAGCCUUCGGGAUGGUUUACUAGAACUGAAAAUACCAAAUGGAGCUGCACUGGCCAGCAUGUGCAUUAACACUUUAAAAAAAAUCAAAUUAAGAUUUGAAUGUUCUAUCAAAUCAGUUUCACUCACAUUUAGUCGAUUAUCUGAUGCGUCACACGGAACAAAACAAACGGCAUGAUCCAGUGUUUAUCUCCAGAAUGUAUCGUGUAUGCACAACAAACACGAUGAGUAUACCCUGCUCUGCUCAUUUGUUUUUCUCUUAAUGAAUUAUUCAUUGUUUACGCAUGUCUUCUUCUCUGCUUUUGUUUCCAACAACUGUAAAUCAGCGUAAAUCCAAACAGCAUGAACUGAGUCUUGUGAUUUGAAAAAACAAAAAAUAAACUUCAUAGGUUAA